UCACUGAAGUUCUAAUUUUUCUUUGCGGACUAGACAUUUUGGCUGCAAAUAAACUAUCUGACAUGAUGGAUAAAUGUGACCAGCUUCAUUACAAUGAUAACAAGUUCCACUCCAGCCCGUUUCAGCACUGUGUCAUGUCUGGGUAUAGAGAGGCAGUUGCCAACGCGCAAACAUGUGUCAAUCUAAAACUCAGUCACUUUAUUAUCAAUGACAACAACAAUCAUCGAGAUCUACACUCACUCUGGGUCAUAAAUGCGUCCAAUGUCCAGCUGCUAUGUGUAACUGUAUUUUGUAGGAGCCCUCUACCUGAUUUGACGAGUUCAUCUAAAUGUGACAACUCUGCACCCAGUAUGGUCUUUGAACUGUCAUCGUGCCAAGAGCUGAAAGUUCUUAAACUUUUUGGAUACGGCAUAUGUUUGAAAGAUCUUGCCAGUUCGGCCGCAUCGGUAUGUCCAGUCCGGUUUCUACUUAACAAUGCAGAUCCAGCCGAUCACUCUUCACAAAUAUUGCCCUCUAUUGAACACAUUGAAUUGGGAGAUGUGACCUGUUCCACUACCUGGAUACAAAGCCUGUUCAACAUUAUAAAGACACUCAGGCAUAAUGUAAAGUGUGUACUUGAGGAUUGUGAAAUAACAUCGUGCUUGAAUAGCUGCGACCGAAUGAUGCGGACACAAAUAUUGUCGCUGUCGUCCUAUCUGUUGUCUGUCACACAGCUGGAUACUCAUAGUUUGGAAUUUAAUAUGGUAUUUAUCAACAGUCCUGAUCUGUGGAAAUUUCUGGAUGGUCUGAAUAUCAAGAGUCUUAGUCUAAAUAGUAAUUUAGUCUGUUCAACAAAUAAACAUCCAGCGCCGUUGCCGCACUUACUAUUAUCGCUUACAAAGCACAAAGCACCUCAAAUAGACUUAAAUUAUGACAGUUCCAUACCGUUGGAAGCUCUAAACGGUCUUAAUAUAACGAGUCUGAGUCUGAGUAUCAGAAUGAACAGGUAUGCAAAAGAACAUUUAUCGGUUUUUUCUCAGUUUCUAUCAUCGCUUACUAAGCUGGAAGCACUAAGCAUGGACAUGCGUGAGUGCGGUCCCAGUCAGUGGAAAGCUCUGCAUGGUCUGAAUAUCAAAAAUCUGAGUCUGUGUGGAGAGUUGGACAGUGAGGCAAAAUCCCAUGUAUUGUGGUUUUCUCAGUUUGUUUCAUCGCUUACACAUCUCAAAACACUGAGCAUAAGAAUAACUUUUAACAGUUAUGGUCUGUUAAAUGGUCUGCAUGAUAUUAAUAUCAAGAAUCUGAAUCUGUCUGGAACGUGGCACAGUUUGGCAAGGGGACAUUCAUCGUCAAUUUUGCAGUUUCUGUCUUCGCUUAAACAGCUAGAAACACUUGCCUUGGAGUUUAGUUGUUACAGUCCCGGUGUUUGGGCAGCUCUACAUGGUUUACAUAUAAAGUGUCUGAGUAUGAGUGGUAAAUAUGACAGUUCUGCAGAGGAACAUGUAGUGUUGAUUUCUUGGUCUCUAUUUUCGCUGACACAGCUGGAAACACUUAAUUUGGAUAUAAGUAAUGCCAGUUUAGGUAUUUGGAGAGCUCUGCACGGUCUGAAUAUCAAGAAUCUAAACCUAUGUGGAACCUUCAACAGUACAGCAAGGGCGCAUGCAUCGUUGAUUUCUCAAUCUCUAUCAUCGCUUUCCCAGCUUGAAACAUUUAGCAUGGACAUUAAUAAUGGCCGUUGUGGUCUGUGGAAAGCUCUGCAUGGUCUGAAUAUCAAGAGUCUGAGUCUGAAAGGUUGCAUAAACAGUUCAGCGAAGGAACUUGUAUUGUCAUUGUCGCACUCACUAGCAUCGCUUACACAGCUUGAAACAAUGAGUUUAGAAUUCAGUGAGAACAGUCUCGGUAUGUUAGAAGCUCUGUAUUUUCUGAAUAUAAAGAGUCUGAUUCUAAAUUGUCGUCUAGGCUGUUCAACAAGGGACCAAGUAUCGUCAUUGAAGCUUGCACUGUCAUCGCUUACACAGCUGGAAACAUUAAGCUUGAACAUAAGUAAAGACGAUGCUGGUCUGUUUGAAGCUCUACAUGGUCUGCAUAUCAAAAAUCUGAUUCUGAGUGGAUGGUUGGGCAAUUUGGGAAGGAAUCAUGUAUCGUUUAUUUCUCAGUCUCUGGCAUCGCGUGUACAGCUGGAAACACGUAACAUGGAACUUACUAAUUAUAGUCCCGCUAUGUCAGAAGCUGCACAUGAUCUGAAUAUCAAGAGUCGGAAUCUUAGUGAAAGGUUCGACAGCUCGGAAAGCAAACAUGUAUCAUCGUUGGCCCACUCACUUUCAUCACUAUCACAUCUGGAAACUUUAAGUAUAUCAUUUAGUUCCGGCUUGAGUCUGAGUAUGAGUCUGAGUGGUAGUUUUGUAUGUUUGUCAAAGGAACAUGAAUGUGUGCAUCAACUGCAAUUACCCAUACAUUUGGGAAAUGAAUUAAAAACUUAUAGUCAUGAUGUAAUGCAGGCUCUGCGCGAUCCGAAUAUCAAGCGUCUCAGUUUGAUAUAGCACGAACAUUUUGGUAUAGAAUAUCGCUGUAUGCGUUUGCAAACACCCACUGUCAUCGCAAUCGCUGCUGGAAAUGUUAAAAUAUAUUAGACAAGAUAUAUCUGCAUACAUUUACCUCUACAUAGGAACAUUUACAUUUAACUGUGAUAUUGUGUGUCCCUUCGUGUUUCCGAAUCUGGUGAACACACUGUCUGCAUUCACUGGAACAGUUUAAGGUAAACAAGUAUUUGAUUGUGCUGAUCAUGGUUCUUCAGUCGGACAAUUAAUUUAAAUAUAACAGAAAAUGUUGGCACCAAAGUUUGUUUAAGAAGCAAGAUUUCGAAUUUGUACCAUCUUUGGUGAAACCGCUUCGGUCUGGUGUGUUGAUGUUUCUGCUGCUGAUGAUGAUUGCGAUGACAAGAUCUUUGGAUGUGAUAUAUAAACAAUGUAUGAAUAAAUGUCUGUGUCAUCGUAUUUCAAGGCGAUAUAAGAUAUAUUGUUAACAGGGUUCAGUCAAAAUGUAUUGAUGAACAACAGAGUACUCAAAUAAAAAAGGGACUGAUGAGUAUCUUUUUAAAACCAUUCCGUUUAUUCUGUAAUCUAUGUAUUUGUCCAUAAUUCGAUUUAUAACCUCUCAUGCUUAUACAUUUUGUAAAUGAUGAGUUUUAUUGCUAACUAUUUCAUGAAAUCUUUCAUGCGAUUGCUGAUGUAGAUCAAACUGUAAUGUUUUUCAUUGUGAUUUGAAUGUCAUUUGGUCCAUGUAACAACAUUAUUUUGUGCUGCUAAUGUUGCUGCAUCCGAUGAUUGUAUCGUUAUUGAUAAUAUUAAUAUGACGCAUGAAGUUUAUUCGUUUUAGUUAUAAGCACACUCUAUUGCAUAUGCAUUUAAAUGGGCUCACGGCCUUGGAAAGAUAAAUGUGAAGCAUCGGGGUUUAGUCCGACUUUAGGUUGUGCGAACCACACAUGCACCUGUGCGAGUUUUACUAAUUAUACAUUUAAGUAUAAAUAAAACAUUAACUUCAUAGCACCACACUUAAAUUUAAGAAGAUAUAAAAGAUAAUAUGGUUUUAUUACCAGUCGAUGGUUUUAUAAAUACCAAAGCGACCGGCAGAGAGACAGACGGACGGACAAACAGGCAUAAGGGAUGGAGGAUACAAAGCACUGUACCCUCGAAUUAAAUCAGUAUGGGACAUGAAAGACAAUUGAAGCAAGUUGAGCAAAGCUUCUAGCAAACAUUGCAUUCACUAAUCUUGUUUGUAAUGUUUAUCAGAACAGGUUACUUAAUCAAGUUCGUAAAGUCACAUACUGAUUUAUUUCGAAAAAAAUGACUGAAUCAGUGGUUUGAUUGUAUGUAUGGAAAUUAUCAGACAAUUCAAGACUCAUUAAUUUAGAAACUUGAUAAAUUUAAGUGUUUAUGAGAAAACACGGAUACAUAAGUUUUGGAAUUAAAUAUUAAGUUCGCAAUUCAAUUAUAAAGGGAACAGUACAUGACUGAACUUUUGCGGUUGGUUGAGUCGUGCAAGUUGAUUGUGCUAUGUUGUAUUCAAGGAGCACGAUAUCAGUAUCUGAUUUUUAAUGUUCAAUAUGUUGCAAGGUAUGCUUUGAUGCUGUAACGUUUUCAAGUUGUCAUUUCCAUGAAAUUAUAAAAAACAAUCUUAAAAGCUUGAUUGUUUGAUACCAACAUGUUAGGUAUACUGAGGUUGUAUCUGAAUAACUAAAAUAUAAAAUAUAGGACAACAACACAUCUGGUUUUCAUGAGACCAUAAAUGAAAACAUAUACAAUGUUUUUUUAUACGUCCAAUGACAUUUAUACACUCUGCUGUGUAAAAAUGUGUGUACAAAGCUUGACUAAAAAACAAAUUCUUAUUAGUUUAUGAAUAUUAACUGUGUUAUAAGUUCAUUUGUGAAUUUGUAUUAGAAUGUUCUGUUGUUUGUAAAAUCAUCAUGAGAUGACAUUUAGCAGUUGUAAUAAUUUGGAAAAUGUGCACGAGUUUAUAGUUCAUGUAUGUUUGUUAUGUCCCCGGUAGGGUUUUAAUAUAGCAGCCGUACUUACCGUCCGCCGGAGUUUUUGUCUUAAACGCUUUCAUAUAUUUAUGCGAUUUUUUGUGUGUGAGUUUACCUGCAUGACCUAUAGCUCUUCGAGUUUUGUUCCACUUAAUUGUUGUUGUUUUUUUGCGAAGUCCCGGGCCUUGGACUUUAAUAUUUUUACUACAAUAACCUUUUUAUCGUAACGUGUUAGAAUAUUUAUACUGUCGUGUUAUAUUUAUGUGCUAUGAUUGGAAGCUGCCUUCCCAUAUAUGCUACUUAUGUUAUCUUGAGGUGUAAUAUGUUUUACGUUCUUUGAGUUCGAUGCUCUGUGUUUAUGCUAUUUUAUGUUUUUAUUGCUUCCAUCAACUGGUUAAGUAUACAUAUUUUGAAACUUAAUGUGUAUUUCUUUUUCCAACCAAUAUUGUUUGAUUUUGAUUUUGUGUUAAAUAUGUACAUGUUCGGUCUUCUUAAGAUAAAUGUACACAAAUAUAUUAAAUUAGAAAUUGUGAAUAGCUGUAUGUUACAAAUUUCAACUGGAAAAAUAGUAAAACAUAUGCAUUGUUAAAAACUGUACAGUUUGCCUACCUAAAUGAGAAAAAAAAUCGGAAACUCGUAUACACAUUUGUUUGGCAUUUUCUUUAUUGUCUUAUAACUAGUGAUUCAUUCGAAUUCAUACUGUGUUACGUUCUGUGGCUGUAUUAUUGUGUGCUACCAACUUAUUAUUUAACGUAAUAUUAAUAUGGUGCAGUUUUGUCUUUUAAAUUUGAUGAAAAUCAUUGCCCAUACCAUUAUAACAUAAUAUAUCUGAUUCAAAUGUUUAAACAGUGCAAUCAACCUCAAAUUAUGCUUUAAAUUUUUUAUAAUUAUUAUCCAAAGAUUCAGAAUACCAUAGAAAUGUAUCAAACAUGACCAUAAGUGAACAUGUAUAUUGUGUAUAACAAUUCGGAACUUGAAAU